AUGCUCUCCCUGUUAAUCCCCCCCCCCCCCCUCUCUCUCUCUCUCUCUCUCUCUCUCUCUCUCUCUCUCUCUCUCUCUCUCUCUCUCCCCAUCACCUCCCUCCCCUUCUCACCUUCUCCCCCUCUCCCCAUUGUGUUCCCCACUCCCCCAUCAACCCCCCGUUCCCCUCUCACCUUCUCCCCCUCUCCCACCCGUUGUGUCCCCUACUCCCUUUUCCAACACACGCCUUCCCGACCGCUACCCGCCCCGCUUCUUCUCCCAUAUCAGAUCUGGAUAUUUGAUUCGGUGGACGACAACCCUCGUCUCUUGCGCUACCCGCACAGGACACAGCUCGCCGCCCUGCUGCAUCAAGUACUACAGGAACGGACGCCACAUUCUCAUCACGUUCCUCCCAUCACACCCUAUCACACUCCAUCCCACACCACCAUCACAUCUCACCCGAUCUCACCCGAUCUUACCGCAUCGCACCGCAUCCCACCCAACGCCAGGUACUACAGGAACGGCCGUCACAUUCUCUCGGCUGGGCUCGACAGAAGCUUCCGCAUCUUCUCCACCGUUCAGGACCAGCAAAGCCGGGAGUUAUCGCAGGGAAACUUUGAGAAGAGAAUGAAGAAAAUGAUGAUGAAGGAGGAGAAGCUAAAGCUCUCCAAGGUGGUCUGCAUUGACGCUGCUGAGGUGCGGGAGAGGGACUGGGCGAACGUGUCAGCACGGCACCGCGUGGCGUACCAGUGGAGGAAGAAGCGAGCAAUGCAUCCCCUCUCUCUUCCCCCUCCCUGCCCAACCCACCAGGUGUGUGCGGCCAGCAUGUGCGGCAACUUCGCCCUGGUAGGCACCUCCUCGGGUCAUCUGCACCUCUUCCACCUGCAGUCAGCACGGCACCGCGUGGCGUACCAGUCAGAGAAGAUGCAGUACAGCCCGGCACAUGGCGGCAUGGUGACUGGCGCUGCUAUUGACGCACUCAACAGGCACAGCAUCAGCUGCGGCAGAGAUGGGCGUGUCAAGGUGAGUAAGAGAACUGGCAGGCAGCAUGGAACUGUUUUUCUCUCUCCUCCUCUCUCACCGAGUGGCGUCCAGAAGAUGCAGUAG